GUGAUAGCAAAGGACUUGUACAGGGUUCUAAGAGAGAAAUUGGGAGCAAAUUGGAAUUCAUUUAUUUCUGAAAAAGUCACUUCUGUCCCUGGUGACAUUACACUUGAGAACUUGGGAGUGAAAGACUCAAACUUGGUGGAAGAGAUGUGGAGAGAAGUAAACAUUGUAGUUAAUGUAGCUGCAACUACCAACUUUGAUGACAGAUAUGAUGUUUCAUUGAGUCUCAAUACAAUGGGAGCCAAGCAUGUUUUCAACUUUGCAAAGAAAUGUGCUAAGAUAAUGAUGCUCCUCCACGUAUCUACCGCUUAUGUAUCUGGUGAAAGGGCUGGACUCAACUUAGAGAAACCCUUUUACAUGGGCGAGACAAUUAAUGGGACUCUUGGAUUGGACAUUGAAAUGGAGAAGAAAAUUGUGGCAGAGAGGUUGAGUGAGCUUAGGGGAAAAGAGACUACAGAAGCAGAAAUUACCUUGACAAUGAAGGAUUUGGGUAUUGAAAGCAGAGCAAGGAAGUAUGGAUGGCCAAACACAUAUGUAUUUACAAAGGCAAUGGGAGAGAUGCUUUUGGGAGAAAUGAAAGAAAAUGAAAUGCCAAUUGUCAUCCUCCGACCCACCAUCAUUACUAGUACUUACAAAGAACCCUUCCCUGGCUGGAUUGAAGGUUUGAGAACGGUUGACAGCUUAAUUGUUGGUUACGGCAAAGGGAAAUUGACAUUCUUCCCUGGUGAUCUAGAAUGUAUACUUGAUUUGAUACCAGCUGACAUGGUGGUGAAUUCAAUGGUGGUUGCAAUGGCGGCUCAUGCAAAUAAGCCUAAUUGUCGUGAGAUGAUGAUAUACCAAGUGGGAUCUUCAGUAUCAAAUCCAAUAAAAUUAGAAUAUAUUAAAGAUUACAGCCAAAGUUACUUCAAAAAGCAUCCAUGGAUUGGUAGGGAUGGCAAGCCUAUCAAAGUUGGCCAAGUUACACUCCUCACCUCCAUGGCUACCUUCCACAAAUACAUGGCCAUUCGUUAUUUGCUUCCACUCAAGGGAUUACGUGCAGUAAACACAACAUUUUGCCAUUAUUUUCAUGGCAUGUAUGUCGAUCUUCAUCGAAAGAUCAAAUUCGUGAUGCGAAUGAUAGAGCUUUACCAACCUUACUUGUUCUUCAAGGGCGUCUAUGAUGAUACCAACACAGAAAAGCUACAAAUGACAGUAAAAGAGAGCAGCGUUGAAACAAAAGUAUUUUACUUUGAUCCUAAAAUCAUUAAUUGGGAAGACUACUUCAUGAACAUUCAUAUACCUGGCGUAGUAAAAUCUAUGCUAAUGUGAUGAAAGAAUCACAAGAUCUCAAAAAUUUAUGUUUCAGUGCUUCUGUCAGUGUGUUUUGUGUAUUUUCAAUAAAUGUAUGAAUUUGUUGGCGUAGAUACAUUUUAAAUUUGUCUUUAAUACAAAAAAUCCCUAUUUAUGUUUUUCUAGA